AUGUCACAACUGAAAGAGCAAGCAAACAACGAGUGUCAAACAAAUAAAAUAUCCACUUUCCAAGCUUUGAGUUCCCUAGUUUGGAGAUCGUUGUCAGGAGCUCGAGGUUUUCAUGCAGAACAAGUAACAAACUGCGAGAUAUGCAUCAAUGAUCGAAAGAGGUUGAAUCCUCCAUUAUCCGACGAUUAUUUUGGUUGUUACAUCAACAUAGUGACAGGUAAAACCAAGACAUGCGAUCUACUUAGCCAAAACCUUGGAUCCGCCGCGUUGAUUCUGCAUGAAGUAAUAGCUGAUCACACGGAUGAAAAUAUUCGGAGUUGGCUACAUGAUUGGAAAAAGGAACCCAAGAUUUUUCAACUUGGAUCACACUAUGAUGAUUGCGGUUUCAUCAUAGGAGGUUCCCCGAAAUUUAACCCUUAUGGGUGUGAUUUUGGUUGGGGUAAGCCCUUGGCAGUUCGUAGUGGAUGGACUUCUAAAUUCAGUGGGACUGUGUGGAUGAAUCCAGGUCAAGUGGGCGGAGGGAGUGUGGAUCUCGAGAUUUGUCUUUCACCAGAAGCCAUGUCUGCACUUGAAUCCGACGAAGAAUUCAUGGACGCUCAUCAUGAGAAGAUCAUGAUCUGGAUUACCGCAGCAAAUUAA